AUGGAGGCGGCGGCUAGCACCACCACUGCCACCGGCCAAAACACGCCGCCGUCUACCGGGGAGUGUUCAGCCGCGCCUUCGGGGCGGUCAACCCCCAGUGCUUCAGGCGGCAUCGUAGUAGCAAAUGCUUCUCGCAAUGCUGCAGACGAUGCUGCUACCUCUAUGCAUGAUGGUUCCGCCGACGAGGAUGAUUUUGGAGCGCAUGAUGACUCGGGCAGCGACGAUGCCGUAAAGGCGGAAGGGUCAAACGAGACGUCGGACCCGUCUGCACCUGGCACGACGUCAGCACCUGUGCAGAAGAGGAGGAGGGUUACCCGAGCGUGUGAUGAGUGCCGGAGGAAGAAGAUCAAGUGUGACGGACGACAACCAUGCACUCAUUGCUCAGUGUAUAAGUGUACGUACGACAAGCCAUCAAACAGGAGACGAAACCCCGCUCCUCAAUACAUUGAAGCCCUGGAAAGUCGACUGCAGCGCGCCGAAACGUUGCUACGCAAAUUUAUGCCAGAUGUGGACUUGGCCGACCCGAAACUGGACCCGACUGUUCAACAGGAGUUUGCCAACCGAGAACGCGCUCGGGCAAAAGCCGCGGCGGCAUCCGGUACCGAGAAGCCCAAGAAAGAGGAGCCAGUGGUCAAUGACGAGACGACAAAGAAGCAGGAAGAUCAGCUCCUGUCGAUGAUCGAGUCGAUUGGCCAUCUGGAUCUCAUUGAUGGGAACGAAUGGGACUUCCAUGGGAAUUCCUCUGGGGCAGUGUUUCUCAAACGGCUAAAGGAGCAAAUGGGUUUGCUCAAUCCUGAUACGAAGGCACCUUUUCUACCUCGGAAGUCGCGGCAUCCGGGGAUGUUUAACCUGGACUCUCCACCAUCAUUCGCGAGUUCGCCUUGGGAUACGAGUAACGGAAGUGACGCAGGCGCAGCAGUUCCGGCAAUUUACGAGCUGCCUCCGAAGGAUGUGGCGCAGAAUCUGUGCUACUUUUCGUUGAACUGCGCGACAUGUCUACUGCGUAUUGUUCACAUUCCAUCAUUCAAUGAGAUGGUGGAGAAGCUGUACGAGAAACGGCCGGAAAAUCUGGGCCCAGAAGACCAUCGGGCUCUUGGGCUGCUGAACGCGGUCAUGGCCCUUGGUUCAAUGUAUACCGGUUCCGACGACGCGGGAUCACAGCAGGUGCAUUAUAAGACGGCUAUCGAGAAAGGACUCAAAUACUACACCAACGCUCGGAUGCUCCUCCAGGAUAUAACCGAGUGUCGAGAUCUCGUUUCCCUGCAAGCACUACUCUUUAUGAUACUCUUUCUUCAAGCUACCUCGAAUCUCAGCGGCUGCUAUGCCUUCCUGGGGAUUGCCCUGCGGGCCGCGUUGAGAAUGGGCCUGCACCGACAUCUCCCCCACGUACAGCUUACGCCUAUUGAAGACGAGUCCCGAAGGCGGGUAUUCUAUGCCAUUAGAUGCAUGGAUACAUACGUUUCCGCCCUUCUUGGAUUUCCCAUUUUGCUUCAGGACACGGAUAUUGAUCAACCGUUACCGACGGAAGUUGACGACGAGUACAUCACGAAAGACGCGAUCCUGAAGCCACCGCCUGGGAAGACGUCGUUUUUUGAGGCAAUGAACGCUCAUGUGCGCUUGAUGAAAAUAUUGGCCAAGGUAAUCAGAGAUAUAUAUCCCAUGAGGGGGAUGGACGAGUCGAUCGUGAAGAAGACCAAGGGGGCGAACGCAACCUACAUGAUCAGCUACUCGGCCAUAAAGGCUAUCGAACUCGAGCUGCAGCAGUGGUAUGAGCAGUUGCCGAUUAACUGGCGGCCUAGUCCAGAAGGGCCCAGUGAGGUUAUUCGUGUACGAUCACUCCUCCGAUUUUCAUACGCUCACGUGCAAAUGAUGCUUUAUCGACCCUUCUUGCAUUACUCAUCUCCUCGGCUGUCUGCCGGGAAGCAUGUCGAUGAGAGGUACUAUGCUUGUGCUGCGGCUUGCAUCAGCGUCUCGCGGAACAUUAUUCAUAUCGGCAUGGAGAUAAGGAAACAGGCGGUUCUCACCGGGCCUUACUGGUUCAUUCUGUACACCGAGUUCUUUGCCAUUCUGUCGUUGGCUUUCUACGCUCUGGAAAACCCAGACAAAGCUGGCAUCCCCGAGAUUCUCGCCGAUGCCCAAGCUGGGAGAGAGCUCAUUUCGGGCCUUUCACGCAUGAGUUUGGCGGCAGAUAGGGUCACGGAUGCAUUGAAUGCUUUGUUUGAUCAGCUACCCGAACGGCUUACUAUGACCACUAAAGACCCCAAGGCCCGCCCUAUCCCUACAAAGAAACGCUCCGCUCCAGGUGCCGACUCUGGAAGUCUUCUUACCCAGGAACAGAUAGCCAUUGCGGCACAACUAAAAGCCGACCGUUCCCUGAAUGGACGGGGACGUGGCAAGAUCCGCGGCACCGGCCGUGCCACAUCGGAAGCACACCUCCCACAUCGAAUUUCAAUGGAUUCUCCCCACCAAGCCCACCAAGCCAUCGGCACCCGAGCCGGUAGCCAGGGACCAUUUAUCGCAAAUUACUCGGAGCCUAUUCCGUUGGACCUUCUCAGUCAGUCACCGGAUAAUUUCAAGCAGCGGCAUCAGCAGCAGACAGAUGCAAUGAUGUUUCCAUCAGGCGAUCCCUUUGCGUAUCCCAACAGUCAGUCAGGAGUUGGUUACAGAAACGGAGCGCACGCCCAGGACUCGAUGCCUUUUUACAUGCAUCAAGUGUACGAUGACAUUGAGGGUCAGCUACUGGGACAGACUAUCCCUCCAUACCUCAUGCAGCCGGGUCACCAGGGAGUUUCGGGGAUGGCUGCUGGGGACCUGGCGCAAAUGUACAACGCUUCGAGUCUGGUGGCAAUGCAGCAGCAGCAGCAGCAGCAAAGACAGCAGCAGUUGGGGACCGGUAUGCAACCUGGUCAUCAUCGACAUCAACAGGAUAUUGACGACAUAAUGUUGUCAAACACCAACAGCUUUGAAAUGUUCUCGGCCCCGCAGUAUAGGGCGAUUUAAAACAACUACACCACCGCCCUUUUCUUCUUAUUCGAGUUUCUUAAAGAGACUCAUUCUCUCAAUAUGCAUUCUCUUUUUUCUCUCUCUUUUUUUUCCCUCAUCGGUUGCGCAUAUAAGGGAGGGGACAAGGCAAACGGAGAAAAGCCAAGUAAACGAUCGCAUUUCAUGAUACCAUGAUACCCCAGGCCGUUCUCAUAAGCUAUUUAUAUUUCUGGGAUACGGAGUUUCUGUCUUUUUUUUUUUGAAUUCAUUUCAUACCAUUUCUUUUGGGCCUCGGAUUGAAAAGACCAACGAAAAUAGAAAAUAAAAAUGUACAUGAUAUUUAAUGGCCAGCUUUACAAGUCGCUGAGCCGUCUGAAGCUGAUCCGACGUGGUCAUCAUUUUAUUAGAGUAAAGAAAGAGAGAUAAAACGAGCCAAUGACGAAGGGCUAUAGAAAGC